AUGAAACGUUGCACCCAGACUUCUGGAUCCUUCUAUGAGACCCAGACCCAGACUUCUGGAUCCUUCUAUGAGACCCAGACCCAGACUUCUGGAUCCUUCUAUGAGACCCAGACUUCUGGAUCCUUCUAUGAGACCCAGACUUCUGGAUCCUUCUAUGAGACCCAGACCCAGACUUCUGGAUCCUUCUAUGAGACCCAGACUUCUGGAUCCUUCUAUGAGACCCAGACUUCUGGAUCCUUCUAUGAGACCCAGACUUCUGGAUCCUUCUAUGAGACCCAGACCCAGACUUCUGGAUCCUUCUAUGAGACCCAGACUUCUGGAUCCUUCUAUGAGACCCAGACUUCUGGAUCCUUCUAUGAGACCCAGACUUCUGGAUCCUUCUAUGAGACCCAGACCCAGACUUCUGGAUCCUUCUAUGAGACCCAGACUUCUGGAUCCUUCUAUGAGACCCAGACUUCUGGAUCCUUCUAUGAGACCCAGACUUCUGGAUCCUUCUAUGAGACCCAGACCCAGACUUCUGGAUCCUUCUAUGAGACCCAGACUUCUGGAUCCUUCUAUGAGACCCAGACUUCUGGAUCCUUCUAUGAGACCCAGACUUCUGGAUCCUUCUAUGAGACCCAGACCCAGACUUCUGGAUCCUUCUAUGAGACCCAGACUUCUGGAUCCUUCUAUGAGACCCAGACUUCUGGAUCCUUCUAUGAGACCCAGACCCAGACUUCUGGAUCCUUCUAUGAGACCCAGACUUCUGGAUCCUUCUAUGAGACCCAGACUUCUGGAUCCUUCUAUGAGACCCAGACCCAGACUUCUGGAUCCUUCUAUGAGACCCAGACUUCUGGAUCCUUCUAUGAGACCCAGACUUCUGGAUCCUUCUAUGAGACCCAGACUUCUGGAUCCUUCUAUGAGACCCAGACUUCUGGAUUCUUCUAUGAGACCCAGACUUCUGGAUCCUUCUAUGAGACCCAGACCCAGACUUCUGGAUCCUUCUAUGAGACCCAGACUUCUGGAUCCUUCUAUGAGACCCAGACUUCUGGAUCCUUCUAUGAGACCCAGACCCAGACUUCUGGAUCCUUCUAUGAGACCCAGACUUCUGGAUCCUUCUAUGAGACCCAGACCCAGACUUCUGGAUCCUUCUAUGAGACCCAGACUUCUGGAUCCUUCUAUGAGACCCAGACUUCUGGAUCCUUCUCUGAGACCCAGACCCAGACUUCUGGAUCCUUCUAUGAGACCCAGACCCAGACUUCUGGAUCCUUCUAUGAGACCCAGACCCAGACUUCUGGAUCCUUCUAUGAGACCCAGACUUCUGGAUCCUUCUAUGAGACCCAGACUUCUGGAUCCUUCUAUGAGACCCAGACCCAGACUUCUGGAUCCUUCUAUGAGACCCAGACCCAGACUUCUGGAUCCUUCUAUGAGACCCAGACUUCUGGAUCCUUCUAUGAGACCCAGACUUCUGGAUCCUUCUAUGAGACCCAGACCCAGACUUCUGGAUCCUUCUAUGAGACCCAGACCCAGACUUCUGGAUCCUUCUAUGAGACCCAGACUUCUGGAUCCUUCUCUGAGACCCAGACCCAGACUUCUGGAUCCUUCUAUGAGACCCAGACCCAGACUUCUGGAUCCUUCUAUGAGACCCAGACCCAGACUUCUGGAUCCUUCUAUGAGACCCAGACCCAGACUUCUGGAUCCUUCUAUGAGACCCAGACUUCUGGAUCCUUCUAUGAGACCCAGACUUCUGGAUCCUUCUAUGAGACCCAGACCCAGACUUCUGGAUCCUUCUAUGAGACCCAGACUUCUGGAUCCUUCUAUGAGACCCAGACUUCUGGAUCCUUCUAUGAGACCCAGACUUCUGGAUCCUUCUAUGAGACCCCAGACCCAGACUUCUGGAUCCUUCUAUGA